AUGUCGUCGCUACUCGCCGGCAUCCGCUUUGGUGCGGCGUCCGACUCGGACGAGGGUUCCAGGAAGGACAAGAAGAAAAAGAAAGAAUCAAAGAAGAAGGACUCCAAGUCGUCCUCGGGUCACAAGAAGAAGCACAAAGAUAACGGUGCCAACGAUGCAACGGGUGUACCUGCAACGUAUCCGAGCAUCCCCGCCGUGCCUCCAUCCCUUCCACGGGACGAGUGGAUGAACAUGGAUUUCGUUAGCGGUCCUCCACGACCAAAGCAGUUGACACCGGAGGAGUCGCGUGCUGCUGCACUAGAAACGAAGAAGCAAGAUGAGAUCAACCGAGGUCUGCGUGAACCCCAGUCCGGGUUGUUGUAUGGGUUGUACGACCCCAAGAACGGCUCCGCUCCAGUCGAGACCGCAAUGGCUGCGCCUGUUGCAAUGCCGAGCGUGGGCGAUGGUGGCGCCAGCUGGAAACGAAAGAUGCUUCAACGCGCAAAGCAAAAGGCUGCAGAUACUGGGGAGCCACUCGAAUCGGUCGUUCGAGGACAGUACGGGAUGUCCUUGGCAGAGUUGGAAGCCCAGGCAGCUGUGGGCAGUUGCGCCGACAACGACUCGCACCUGCGAUACAAACGCAUUACGCCGCAACGCCGUCCCGAGGACAAACAUAGCGGAAAAACAUGCAUUUCCAGAGGCGGGGACAAGAAUAUUAUUUCCGGGUUUGCAACCCGCAUGAAGUACACCAACCUGUCGACAGAAACCUUUCCUGGCGAUGACUCUCGCGAGAAACGAUCCCACGAUGACGACGAAGACAGCGGUCCCAUCGACUACUCGAAGCUCCCAGAUGGCGAGGACAGGGGCGACAGAAGGUCAGACAAGCGGCCACGUCACCACAGCCGACGAGACAUGUCGCCGAGCCAGCGACGUCGUAGCCGCAGCAGAAGCUCGGACCGACGAAGCUCCGACCACCGUCAGGACGAUCUAAAACGCCCGCCUCGCAACGGCGCCCCCCGGCAGGACAAGACCUUUGUCAAGCCGGCCAUGCCUCAAGUGACGGCAGCGCAGCAGGAAGAAGCCGCCCGGCGAAAAGCGUUUCUGUACCAUCAGUCCGCUGGGUUGUUGUCGUCUACAGCUGCUACAACGCAGUCGGCCAGCAACUUCUCUACGGAACCAGCGUCUGCACCACGAGUCCUCGCGCCAGGAGCACCACCAUCAGACGAACCUGUCGACUUGAACAAACUCGCGGCACAAGCGUUGCGGGCAAAGAUGCGAGGCAAUAUGGUGCUGUUCGAGUCGCUGACCAAGCAAGUCAACGAAGCCGAGCAUCAGCUCGCGACGAUUGCCUCUGCUUCCACUGCACCACCCACAGCCAGGAAGCGACAAGCUCCCAUCAAACCCCCCCGCGCAAUGGUCCGGCCUCGGGAGACGGUGGAGUUGCCGCUCCGCCCCGAAGACAACCUCACGGGAUCGAAGCAAGGCAAGCGCAAGCAGCCAGGGGAAGACAUGAGUCUGGACGAGAUGGUGCGCCAGGAAAAGACCGGUGAAGGCGACAGCCAUAUGGAUGCCGUGUAUGCGCGCAACAUUGUGCGGUUGGGCGCUCGAUACGAAGGGACUGAAUUGUCUGCAGGGAAAAAAGGCGCUGCCAGUGGAUUUGACGAGGAUGAAACGGGGGAUCUCGCGCUGAAUCUGCAUCAGUCGGCGGCAUCCCGGUUGACGGAGAAAGCUUUGGUGGUUGCGUCCGAUCGCGCCGCGCUCAGUGAUCGCAUGCAGUGGGAUAAAGCUAUGCAGAAGUGCAGGUAUUGCCUCAAGAGCGACGGGUUCAAGGCCCACUUGGUCGUGUCCAUGGCGCCGAAUGCGUACUUAGCCCUUCCUGCUGCCUCGACAAUCGUCGAUCUGCAGUGCAUAAUCGUUCCUGUGGAGCACAUUGCUUCCAUGUCCGCGGCCGAUGAAGCGGUCGAUGCCGACGUCCGGCAAUUCAAGGCGGCGUUGGUGUCGAUGGCUGCGUCGCAACACAUGUCGAUGCUCUUCCUCGAGCGCACCUUUGACGCGGGCCGCAAGAAACACACGGUGAUUGAAUGCGUACCGGUCCCGACGGACGUCGGCAUGGACGCGCCCAUGUUCUUCAAGCAAGCAAUGCUCGAAUGCGACGAGGAAUGGUCGACGCACAAGAAAAUUCUUGACUCAACUGGCAAAGGGAUCAAGCGGACGGUCCCCUCGAAUUUUGCCUACUUCCACGUCGAGUGGGCUGGCCAGAACGAAGCCACAGGUGGGUAUGCGCACAUUAUCGAAGACACAGCGCAGUUUCCAGUCGACUUUGGCCUGGACACAAUCGCCGGGAUGCUGGACGUGGACCCACCGCGGUACGGCAGGUACCAUCCAAGCCUUGCCGCUGAAAGCGGCCGCGUCAAGUCGUUCCAGGCGGUGUGGCAGCCCUAUGACUGGACCCAAACCGCUGCAUAA